CGUAGAUAGAGCAUGGUGCAAUUUAUUUGUGAUUUCAUGUUUUCCAUUAUUUUCUUAAGGAAUACGUAGAGUUCACUAUUUCCUUACAAGACAUAUUGGAAUUAGUUUUGUACAAGCUUUAAUUAUGUAAAAGAAGUGUUUUAAUGUUGUCAUCGGAACUUCUUAUUUAUUAUGUUGAUGUUAUUGUUCUUUAGCUUUGUUUAGGUAUAUAAACUGGUAAAAUGAGUCUUUCUGAGGAAAGUGCGAGGAAUGUAUCGGGGGAGUCCUUCAGUGAAACCACAUCAGACACAGCUCAGUUAAUAGAUAAUGGAGAAGGUACUUCAAACUACACACAGCUUAACAAACCAGAGGACUCUGACAAUGACGAGCUACAUGGCAGUCAUGGAAUUAGACGGAGACAGCCUGUGCAAAAAAUUGAACCAGGUUCCAUGAAUAUACUCUCCGCUAAGUAUGAAAGCUUAGACUAUGACACAUGUGAAAAUCACCUUCUCUUAGAUGAGGAGAGGAAGAGAGGAUACCCAUUUGUAGUGAAGAAAGACAUAGCAAGAUGGUUUGUUAUGCUGGCCAUAGGAGUGAUCACAGCUCUUAUUGCAUUCAUCAUAGAUAUUAGUAUAGAACAAUUCUCUGAUAUUAAGUAUAAACAACUUAAGAAAUCUGUAGAUAAAUAUGUGUUGGAGGACCGCCUAUACAUUCCAUACCUACUGUGGGUGUUAUCAAAUAUUGCUAUAGUGUUCAUUGGAUCUGUCUUAGUUGCUUAUGUUGAGCCAGUUGCUGCUGGCAGCGGCAUUCCGCAAGUGAAAUGCUACCUGAACGGCGUGAAAGUGCCGCGAGUGGUGCGCAUCAAGACGCUCGCAGUGAAGGCCAUCGGCGUUAUCACCGCCGUUGUCGGAGGCCUGGCUGGCGGGAAGGAAGGACCAAUGAUACACAGUGGCGCUGUGGUAGCGGCCGGGAUAUCGCAGGGGAAGAGCACAACCUUUAACAAGGACUUGAAGAUAUUCCAGUACUUCCGCGAGGAUCAUGAGAAACGCGACUUUGUAUCAGCGGGCGCUGCAGCCGGUGUCUCGGCCGCUUUCGGUGCACCUAUUGGUGGAGUUUUGUUCUCACUAGAAGAAGGCACCAGCUUUUGGAACCAAGCGUUGACAUGGCGAACGUUCUUCGGAACCGUUGUAUCUACAUUCACCCUCAACUUUGCUCUGUCGACGUACCACGGACAUCCCGGAGAACUGAGCUUCCCUGGAUUGCUGAAUCUGGGUAAAAUGGAUCCGUUUCCGUUUCAAUUCUACGAGCUGCCAGUGUUCAUGUUUUUCGGGGCUGUCGGGGGAUUACUCGGCGCUCUCUGGAACUAUAUCAACUACAGAUUCGCCGUAUUUCGGAUAAGGUAUAUUAGAUCACCGUGGCUACGCGUGGUAGAAGCUUGCCUCGUGGCAGCAGCGAGCGCCACAUUAGGGUUCCUCAUGAUGUUCCUGUUGAACGACUGCCGGCCGCUGGGCGAAGACCCCACUAAAGUACCCUUACAGCUAUACUGCGCUGAUGGGGAGUACAACGCUUUAGCAGCAAUCUGGUUCCAAACACCCGAGGCGUCGGUACGAUCGUUCCUCCACGACCCGAUCGGAUCAUACAAGCCCAUGUCGAUCUUAGUAUUCGUACUCUGUUACUUCUUCCUAUCGUCGUGGACCUUCGGCCUGGCAGUGUCAAGUGGGCUGUUCAUCCCUAAUCUACUGACUGGAGCCGCUUGGGGGAGAUUGUUGGCGAUCGGCAUGCAAUAUAUCAUGCCUUCCAAUACAAUAAAUCCGGCAAAGUAUGCAUUAAUCGGUGCGGCGGCGCAACUAGGCGGCGUGGUCCGCAUGACCAUAUCUCUGACUGUGAUCAUCAUCGAGACCACGGGGCAGAUCUCCAACGCGCUGCCCAUCAUCAUCACCCUGGUUGUGGCGAAAUGGAUCGGCGACUUCUUUAAUGAGGGUAUCUACGACAUCCACAUCCAGCUAGCGGCGGUGCCCCUGCUGCCGUGGGAGCCGCCGCCGCUGACGCACAAUAUCUACGCGUCUGAGGUGAUGUCUCACCCGGUGUUCACGCUCCGCACCGUCGAGAACGUCGGCCAUAUCGUCGAGAUACUGAAAGUGACAACGUACAAUGGAUUCCCGGUCGUCGAUCCCCCUGCUUCGGAUGAUGCUGAAAUAACGACUUACAAGCGCCUGCGAGGCCUGAUUCUCCGUUCGCAGCUAAUAGUGUUGUUACAAAACAAGAUUUACAACGAGAAUGCCAAUACCACGUGGUCCAACUUCAACGUCGACAUGAACAUGUUCAGGAAAGAAUACCCGCGGUAUCCGUCCAUUGAUGAGUUGGAGAUACAAGACUGGGAGAAGACGUGCACGAUAGACCUACGUCCAUUCAUGAACCCGUCGCCGUACACGCUGCCGCACCGCGCCUCGCUGCCGCGUCUGUUCAGACUGUUCCGGGCACUCGGGUUGCGCCAUCUGCCCAUUGUCAACGACGUCAACGAGGUUAUCGGUAUGGUGACAAGAAAGGACAUCGCUAGGUAUCGAGUGUGGCGACACCGUGGGCAUAUGGGCAUGGAGGAACUACUACUUUCUAACGAGAUCUAAUCAUCUACAUCACUAUGCCAUAUACAGUGUGCGUCAAGCUAGCGGCCUCAAAAAAAAAAUGGGCACGAAAAAAUAAUUUGACCAUACCAAAAAAUAGUACUCUUAUUGAAAAAAAUAGUACCUGUUGUAAAAAAAUUAGUACCAUCACGGUUCUGGAUUUAUAGCCAUGUUUUAUUGCACUUGCUAGCUUGACGGUGAGCGAAAUUUGGCGAGAGUUAACGACAAGGUCUUUCGCUUUGAUUUAAACGCCAAAAAAUAGUACCGAAAUAGUACUCACCCCCUGCAAAAUACCGAAAUGAGUACUUCAACGGUUCCAAAGUUAUAAAGGCAGUUCUUUGAUCCCGCUGGCUUGACGUUUUGAAAAUACCUAUUAUCUGGGGAACGCUUGCACACUUCAGUAUGUAACUAAUAUCAAUAAACUCGUAUGAAAUAGUACUUCCUACCAUCAUAAUUUUGAUCCGAUUCUCUUUGUAGAAAUAUGUUAAAAAAUCAUCAUAACCUAUGCCAUACAUUUGUUGUUGAUACAGUCACGUAGACAAUUACAUAACCUCACAAUUUAUUCGUAAGUAUUGCCAUCGCCAGUAUUGCCAUUUUGGAGGUCUACCCUACCAUUUCUUUGCACUUCAGAGUGUUGCUAUUACAAAAAAUUGCUAUUGCAUAGACCCAUAUGCAAUAAUUUUAAUAGAAAAUGGCUGCAUAGGUCUAGUUCUUAUUGAAAAUAAUCUGUGAUUUUAAUACAUCAUGAUACAUUUUUAA